AUGAGAUGGCUUGGAUUCGUCUGUUUUCUUCUUAUGUGCUCGUCUGUGCUUCCGAAACCGAUUGACAUAACGGAAUCUACGGAGUAUACUAGCAUUGUAGUUUUUGGAGCUUCCUAUUGCGAUAACGGACAUCCCCGAGACAGCAAGUUCUCAUCGAGCCUGCGGGAACCACCCUAUUUUCAUGGCCGUUGGUCUAACGGCCCGGUUUGGGUUGAGCAUAUCGCUGAAGUCAUGGGUAUUCCGUUGUACAACUAUGCCUACGGCGGCGCGACAGCCAACAACGAGCUUACCAACGGCGGUGUCCCAGACACCCGGUCUCAGAUCCAGUACUACAAAAAUGAUAUUCAAUCCGGCAAGCUCCACAGAGGCCAUGGCAGGGUGCUUCACCUGACGUGGGUGGGCAUAAACUCCAUACAUCACAUUUGGCAUUCGGAAGAAGGGGUGGAAAAAGCAAACCAGGAAGCGGAGGAGGUCAAGAGGCAGUUCUCCUAUCUCCUCAAAGAUAAAAUCAUCAAUCGCCAACAGUCCGAAUUCCAUGUGCUUACCUUGCCACCCCUUCAAAUUGUUCCAAAUGAUGCGUUUGCUGGAGCUGGCUCGGGUUGGGGAUAUGGGCAAGUAGGUAUAAAAAUGCUUACUGAAGCUUACAAUAACCAUUUGAUUAGCGCCAUUCACAGUCUCAACUCUCCCUCAGCGUACGUCCAUGACAUUGGAAGUUUUUGGUUUCGUGUUCACAACGCUCCUGAUAGCUUCGGAUUCACCCACGUUAAUGCGCCCUGCCUUUCAUAUUCCCAACCAUGCAAAGCCCCCGGAGAAUAUAUGUACUUUGAUUCACUGCAUCCAACAACAAGGAUGCAUGCUCUAAUAGGCGACUGGGUCAUGAGCACACUUGAAGGUGUCUCUUACAGACACUAG